GCGCAAAACAAACUUGACGCGUACAACGCAGGAGUAACAACCAGAGGAAACGAACGACUUCGCGGAGUAAUAUGGCUAAAUCUUCUGCAUCUGAAGGCUUUGCCUUUUGUGUAAAGGGCGUGCUAAUGUUAUUGCUUUUCGCUUCGUCGCUUUUCAAGGUGUCUGAAGGAUGGUGCAAUGACUGCGAAGACGAUCAAGUAUGUUGUAAUUUUGUUUGCAUUUACGAAUCCAGUUGUUUGGGUCUCUCCUGUACGACUGGCAUGGAUUGUUCUUUCGGUGAAAGUUGCUGCAACAAUGUCUGUGUGAAUGGUUCAAACUGUCUCGGUCAAACCUGUUCGUAUAGUGCAGAAUGUGGCGUGGGUGAAACCUGCUGCAAUGGGAAAUGCACUCCUGGCUAUGAUUGUAUUGGACAGCCAUGUUGGACAGAUGCUGACUGCGGAAGUACUAGUAAUGAAUAUUAUUGUUGCGGAGGAACAUGUGGUUAUAACGAUUGCAACGCCGACAACACUCUUUGGGUCGUUCUUGGUUUAAUUUGUGGAUCAGUCCUUAUUGUUAUUGUUAUCUCUAUUUUUGUCCGUUGCAUUUGCCACCGUGGUCUGAGGCCAGCUUACGGAAGUGUUAUUGUAGGACAGAGAGUAGUACCAGCAACUAGCGCACCCUACCUUGGUCAGUCUCCACCGUCCUACCAACAAGGCUACCCAUGCUAUCCCCCACCGCAGUAUGAACAAUAUCCAGCUUACAACGAGGGAACAACAAAGUCAAGUGAACCACCUCCCCCUUACAGGACUGCACCCGAGGGAAUAUCAGGAGGAGUGUCUGCUACUCGAAACUACUAUGGUGCUGUAUAAAAUUCAUCUCUGUCAGUAUAGAAACUAGUUUAACAUUUUUCUCUUUUUUGUGUUACAAAGCACCCUUUGCCCAGGAGAGUUUGGAGUUACAUACAUGUAACUUCAUGUUUGUUUUAUGUUUAGUUCUUAUGAUGGGGCCGCCUCGACAGUGAAAUCACAUGAUGAAGCUUUUGUAAACUUCUUUCAAACCAUGUCAACUGAGUAAAAGAUGUGUGCCCAAAUAGUCUCAUGUUCAGGGUUUUUUAACCUUUGUGUAUAUAUAUAUAUAUAUAUAUAUAUAUAU